CAUUUCCAUCCUGCAGAAGAAGCCUUGCCACCAGCCGCUCCUGCCGUCUCUCUCCUCCUUCUUCUUCAGCCACCGGCUCCCAGACAUGACAGCCAUCAUCAAGGAGAUCAUUAGCAGAAACAAAAGGAGAUACCAAGAGGAUGGAUUCGACUUAGACUUGACCUAUAUUUAUCCAAACAUUAUUGCUAUGGGGUUUCCUGCAGAAAGACUUGAAGGUGUAUACAGGAACAAUAUUGAUGAUGUAGUAAGGUUUUUGGAUUCAAAGCAUAAAAAACAUUACAAGAUAUACAAUCUAUGUGCUGAAAGACAUUAUGAAACUGCCAAAUUUAACUGCAGAGUUGCACAGUAUCCUUUUGAAGACCAUAAUCCACCACAACUAGAACUUAUCAAACCCUUUUGUGAAGAUCUUGACCAAUGGCUAAGUGAAGACGACAAUCAUGUUGCAGCAAUUCACUGUAAAGCUGGAAAGGGACGAACUGGUGUAAUGAUUUGUGCAUAUCUGUUACAUCGGGGCAAAUUUUUAAAGGCACAAGAGGCCCUAGAUUUCUAUGGGGAAGUAAGGUCCAGAGACAAAAAGGGAGUAACUAUUCCCAGUCAGAGGCGCUAUGUGUAUUAUUAUAGCUACCUGUUAAAGAAUCAUCUGGAUUAUAGACUAGUGGCACUGUUGUUUCACAAGAUGAUGUUUGAAACUAUUCCAAUGUUCAGUGGCGGAACCUGAAAUCCUCAUUUUGUGGUUUGCCAGCUCAAGGUGAAGAUAUAUUCCUCCAGUUCAGGACCCACACGUCGGGGAGACAAGUUCAUGUACUUUGAGUUCCCUCAACCAUUGCCUGUGUGUGGUGACAUCAAAGUAGAGUUCUUCCACAAACAGAACAAGCUAAAGAAGGACAAAAUGUUUCAUUUUUGGGUAAAUACAUUCUUCAUACCAGGACCAGAGGAAACGUCAGAAAAAGUAGAAAAUGGAAGUCUAUGUGAUCAAGAAAUUGAUAGUAUUUGCAGUAUAGAGCGAUCAGAUAAUGACAAGGAAUAUCUAGUACUCACUUUAACAAAAAAUGAUCUCAACAAAGCAAAUAAAGACAAGGCCAAUCGAUACUUUUCUCCAAAUUUUAAGGUGAAGCUGUACUUCACAAAAACAGUAGCGGAGCCAUCAAAUCCAGAGGCUAGCAGUUCAACUUCUGUAACACCAGAUGUUAGUGACAAUGAACCUGAUCAUUAUAGGUAUUCUGACACCACUGACUCUGAUCGAGUGAAUGAACCUUUUGAUGAAGAUCAGCAUACACAAAUUACGAAAGUCUGAAUUUUUUUUUUUUAU